ACUGAAGCAUUUAUCAGAGAUGACACAACAUUAACGUCUUUCUUAUCGCUCUAACUUUCCCGAACAAGCGAUGUGAGUAUCGAUUCUUCAACGCAAGCUGUUAUAAAAAUUCAAAUUUCGAGCCUGUUUGAACUGAAAGCAUGGACAAAAAAUAUUUUUGCCUCAAACUAGUAUUUUUGAUCGCCACAAUACGGUGCAGCCAUGGCAUGUGCCUCGAUGUUCGAGAUAUAACAGUGUGUGUCGGAAACAAAUUCAUCAAGGGAGUGCCGGAGAGGGUGGAGACUAACAGGACCAAGAUUUGUUUCAUGCAUGGUGAAAAUAGUAACAUUCCAAAAAAUGCUUUCAUCCUACUGCCUAAAAUCCAAUACCUAUAUCUGAACCUGACGAAUAUAAUAACAAUAUCCGAAGGUGCGUUUAACAAGUUGGAGAAUUUGACGACCCUUGGCCUUCAUGGAAAUAGGAUAACAGAGAUGGAUCAGCCAAUAUUUCUUUCAUUACGAAAAUUAACAACUCUCGACCUAUCAGGUAACGACAUAUCAAACGUGCAAAAAAUAAACUUCAGAGGGUUGAGGAACUUGAAAGACUUGAUUUUGGUGCACAAUUAUAUAACAGUGAUCAAGAAAGAAGACUUUCAAUCCCUUCCGAAAUUAAAACAAUUGGAUUUAUCUCUGAACUACAUCGAGACGAUCAACACCGAUACAUUCUCCAGUUUACAGUUUUUGGAAACACUGAAUUUGAACUACAACAAGAUAACGACAAUCGACGACGGUGCAUUUAACGGUAUGAAGAAACUAACGAGUUUAAAACUGAGAGGAAAUUUUUUGCAGUGUGUACCUACCCAAGAGUUGAGUCGUUUUCCGGGCUUAGUGAUUGAUGUGAGGGAUAACAGGGCGGAUUGUGGUGAAAUUCGAAGUGAGAUAAAUGUUAGGAGGAACUUGACAAUUCUUUGUGAGACCCCAAAAUGAUUUAUUUUAAUUCAUUAGCGGAUAUUUUCGAAGUGAAGUUUUUAACGAACAAUAUACGUGAAGCAGUUGUAUAACUGCAUAGGGAUGGAUAAAGUGCUGGAUUCAUUUCAAAAAGAAACAAUAACUUUUUCGAUGAAUAAACAAACCUUCGUUAUUCAGCUUCAAAUUCUUAUCUUCUAUAUAAAGUCCAAAUUUCA